AUCUGUAGCACAACAGCUAAGCUAUCAGUCUCAAAACAAAAGCUGUCGGGAGCACGUUGUCUUAAAUAUCACCGAUUUCAACCUGAAUAUGGAGCUGUAGCCUCAGUCUAUACACAGAGUGCUGAGGAAUGGUCUGACUUCAGCAGUACCAGUCAAGAUGCACAGCCGUCUGCAGGAGCUGAAGAAGGAAGAGGAGACUCUCCUCAAAAUUAAAGUCAUGCUACAAGACCAGCUGAACAGACUGAAGUUUGAAGAAGGGGCCUUGAAAUCCAUCAUCAGUGCUCAAACAGAAGAGGGAGCCUCUGAACACUCUUCCCCAGAGGCUGAGGUUCCCAUUAACCUUGAUGAUGAGAGUGAGAUCAAUCGAACCAAACUGUUACUGAAUGCUGCUGUCGAUUUUGAUAUGGAGGAAGAGGAGGAGGAGGAGGAGGAAGAAGAUGAUGAGGAUGAAGAUGAAGAGGAUGAUGAAGAAGAUGAAAAUGAGCUCGGGUUUGGGCCUGAGGAGGAUGAGGAGGAGGAUGAUUACUGAGAUUCUCAGUGUUUAGUGGUGCUUUGAUAUUUGCACCGCUGGAGAAGAACCACAUGUAAACGGACGUCUGUUUAUUUGUUGUUUGAUGGAGUUUAAUUUAUUUGGAUGGAGUGAGUGACAGUUCCAGUUUAAUGGUGUGUGGUGCUAACUCUCCCUUUGCCUGAUUUCAGGUAUGUCAUCCACAACACAUCAUGUUUAUGUGUCAAAUUCUGUGAGAAACGUCUCACUGAAAUGCAGUAAGACAGUGUUAUUAGGUGCUUAUAGCUUACUAGACAUAUUGUGAAUUUUGAGAAUUAGCAUUAAAAUGUAUGGCUGGGCCAUAUAAGAGGAUAGUGUGUGCAUAAUGUAAGAUGAUAAUUCUAAGCACAAAAUAAAAUGUUUUGCAUAGGGUU